AUGGGUCAACUGGAGAGGCGCUUGUUAUUUCAUAUCAACGGUGACAAAAUCUCACACUGGAGCGAAGCAAAAAUGUUCAAACAGUGGUUGAAGGCUGCUGGAAAUGAGCUCACUCGAGGAAAAGGUAUGUGCCAAACCAUAACAGACGUGUUGCCAGGGAUGGGUCAACAGGAGAGGCACUUUCAUAUCAACGGUGACAAAAUCUCACACUGGAGCGAAGCAAAAAUGUUCAACCAGUCGUUGAAAACUGCUGGAAAUCAGCUCACCCGAGGAAAAGCUGUCCAUCUGGUGUUUGCUGGAGUCGGUCUGACCGCCUUCUCAACACGGGCUUCCUCUGCCAACUGCUCCUUCCCCUUCGUCAGCUCAGAGACGCAGAGAGUCCUGAACAAGAUGGACGAGGGCAAGACUUACGUGAAUGUGAAGUUCGCAAACACGGGCCCACAGUCUCCUUCCAACGGCGGUCUGACCUCCACCUACUCAGAGCUGAACUUUCCGAAGGACGAACGUCUCAUUGAUGAGUUUGAGGAUCCUCCCACCUCCUCGAGGCCCGGCGCGCGGCCAAUCACUGCACAGACAGACGGCCUGACCUCCAUCUACUCAGAGCUGAACUUCCCGAAAAACGAACCCGUCAUCGAUGAGGACGAGGAUCCUCCCAUUGCCUCGGGACCCGGAGGGAUGCCAACAAAUGCACAAACAGGUGCGCAUGAACAGGAGUCCAAACUGAAGAUCGUAAAUAGACCAUACCGUCAGAUCUGCCUAAUCUGCAUAGUUACGUUCCCCCUCAUUGUGAUAGUGAUCGGACUCUCGAUCCAUGUAUCACAGAUUCGUCAGUCCAAGUUCACCCUCGACCGAAACUACCAUGAGUUAAACUCAACCCUUCAAUCCAAGAUCAACGAGAUGGAAAUGAAGUACAAAUCUGUCAACGAAACCAAGGCUAAAAUCUGUGAAUUGUUGACCAGCAGAAGAGAGCAAGCAUUUUCCCAGGACUGGUUCAGAAAUGAAGUCGGGUGUUAUUUUAUAUCCACGAUUGAAAGAUCCUACGCUGAGGCGAAGCGGCGUUGUGCGAACUCUGAUUCUAAUCUGCUGGAAAUAAAUUCAGCAGAAGAAGAGUUCACACAGAAGUUGAUCAGUGACGCACUCUGUGAGCCCAUCAAUGUGCUAUCCAUGUGGCUCACAGGGUGCCUGUCAGUCUGUCACCUCAAAACAACCCUGCAGCGCCUGCAAGUGGCCUCUUAUGUCGUGUACAAGAAGCAAGCUAGAAAUUUCGAAUGCAUUGAAUGUGAACGUGCCGGUUGCAAAAACGCUCAGCGCCGUUUCAUCUGUGAGAAAUCGGCAUCUUUGUGCCCAGAUAUUCGUGAAAAGAUCCAGGAUCUCUGUCAACAGCCCGUGGGGCCGACUUGA